AUGGAUAGAAUACCAAGACCAGUUCUUUCUGAAAUUUUGAGUCAAGUUGGCUCAAUUGAUCAAAUUAUUAUUCUCUCUAUGGUUUGCAAAAAAUGAAACGAAAUAAUUUCUAACUGAAAUCAUGAGAUAUCUUUUCAAAAUAUCCCUUAUGAUAAAGCUAAACCUUGGAUAAUUCGCUCAUAUAUAACAAAAGCGCUAACAAACAAAUUCUUGAAAGCGAAAUGAAAAUUAGCAUCACUUGAUCUUAAAAGUGUGAAUGUGAAUGUAAGAAUUCUAGCGAAUUUAAUUAUCGCGCAGCCAAAUCUAAGAAAAUUGGAUUUAUCUAACUCUGAAACAGAUUUUGAAAAGCUUUAUCAUUUGCUAAGUCUAAAAAAAUCUAAAUACUUUAAAUUAAACAAAAUUGAAAUUUUGCUUCAACUUGAAGAGCUAAUUUGUACUAAUCUGAAGGCAUUUGAGAAAUACCUGCUUAAUUUUCUAAAAAUAUUUCCAAAAUUAAAAAAACUAAAAAUUGGAAAUUGCAGUAUACCAAUAGAUUGAUUUAUAUAUAUAUUACAAAAUUUCAAAAAUAUAGAGUUCCUAGAAGCGUCUUUAACAAGCCAAAUAAAUUCAUCUAAAUUAGAAGAUCUAACCAAUACUCUCCAAAAUUCAAAUUUAAAAUUUUGACUUGUAAAUGCUCCCAGUGAAUGAAUAUUUUUGUUUAAAAACAUUAAGACCUACAUAUUCAAUUAUGAUGUUUGAUCGAAGGAAGAUUUCGAUUUGGAAGAAAUACAGAAAUGAUUAAAGCUUGGAGGAGAUGUAAACUCAUGCUGCAAAUGUAUUAGCAAUCUGAUUGAAAAUUAUGAUGAUGAUUUCCUUAUUCAAGCUUUUACAAUAUUUAUUAAAAGUGGGUUCGAUAAAUGAUUUCAUCAGUGCAGUAAGUAUCCUUAUAUUUACUGUUGUAAUUAUAUUGCUAAUGCUGUAUUAAAAGGGAAACUAAAAUUAUUUCGGCAUCUUAUUGAUAUGGGCUUUCAUCUUUUUGAUUGCGAAAACUUUAAUAUUCUGAUAUCUUGCCCAGAAACUAUCAAUGAAUUAGAAAUUAAUCAAAAAAGCAAAAUAAAGCUUUCAGGCGAAAAAAUUUAUAAAGCUGCACAGUUUUUUAUGUUAAAGAAGGACGAAAACUAUUUAAUGCCUCUAAUUGAUCUCAUGACUCCUAUGAAGCUUGGCUGAAUAGAAGAAAAAAUAAUUAAAAAAAUAGUCUUCCAAAAUGGAAUGCAUUUGAAAUAUUUAACUACCGUCAAGAAAUCUCUCAGCUUUUCAAUGUUUCAGAUAUUGAGCCAUUACAGCUCAUGCACUUAA